AUGGCGUUUAAUACGUUCUCUGGUGCACUACGAGAGUUCCCCGCUGUUGGUAUUGACAGGUUCAAUAUUGGAUGUGAAGUGUACGUUCUCACACACGCCCACAGUGACCAUUUGGUGGGUUUAGACCGCGUCUCAUUCAACUCCAUAGUCUACUGUACGGAGAUCACCAAGAGACUUGUCAGUUGUGAUGUUCGGUAUCGACAGAAGGCGCAUUUGCUUCGUCCCUUGACGUGUAAUGUGACACAUCACAUUCAACUAGAAGAUGGUACAGUUGACAUGGUAUUGGUUCCCUCGUAUCAUUGUCCUGGGUCGGCCAUGGUGUUGGUGUAUGAUGAUAGACAAGCGAUCUUGUUUACUGGCGAUAUUAAAUGUGAGUCGUGGUGGAUCGAGCUGAGUAUCCGGAACAACUCGGAACUCUACGGGUUCUUAGCUGGUAACAGAAGGACUCUAGAUUGUAUAUAUAUAGACUCUACAUUUGGCUAUAGAGGCGAGCCAUACAUUGAGAUGCCCUAUAACGAUGUGGGGAUCCGUGGAGCUAUACUGUUGCUUCAGAUGUACCCCAAAGACGAUGCGGAGAUAAGUUUCUGUCUCCGAGACACCAUCUUGGGGUUCGAGGAGUGUUGGGCCAAGAUACAGCAAGGGUUGGACGGAGUUAAGCUAGAUAUUCCACUGAUACUUCUCAGUCGUUUGAAACGGUCAGAUUCGUUAGCUGAUCCCAUUUAUGGUGGUUGGAUCCGGUCAACAUUGAAUGGGGACUAUGGGGGUUCCUGGAGCCUUAAAGUGGGGUAUAAUAAUGACAGACAAUCUGUGUCCAAGUUUAAUGUUAUGCUACAACAGUGCAUUGACUUCAACCUUCCAGAUCUAGUAGCUAACUUUUGGCCUAUUGACUACAACACAUUGGUGGAAGAUCCAGAUCUCAAAUUGAACGACACAACUUCGAAGGGUAAUCAGAUAUUCGAAUACAGAGGUCGAAGUUUUUUAAAGCCUAAGGGUCGUUCUGUCUUACUUCCGUCUAGCAUCAAGAUUGUCUUUUCAAGACAUUCUUCUUACUCGGAGAUUAAAGACCUUAUUGAUUGUUUCAACCCUAAACAAGUGUACCCGUGUCUGUAUCUGAAGCAGACAUGGAAGAAUGGGUUUUCUAUGAAGAGAUUGUUUCUGAAGUGCUGCAGUGGUUCGGCGUUUGUAUUUGACGAUGAAAUGCGUGCGUUAUAUGGCCCACUCCAUAGUGUCGACAGAGAAGUUGUGACUAUCAACAGAUGGGAUUUCAGUCAUUGUCAAUCAGAAGUUAAGUUUAUACUUAAUGCUACUACUGGCAAUAACUUCAAGCCGUAUGAUUUCAUUGGUCAGAAAUCAUACAAUGCUUCCGGCAAAGAUUCAAAGCUGUUCCCUGAAGCAGUCAAUCUAGAGAAGUUGAUCUCGGGAAGAAAUGAAGAACGAUACAAAAAGUGGAUAAACGAACAGCAAGUUAACUACAGAGGAAUUCAAACGAAUGAAAAUGGAAUUAGGAGUAUUCUAAACUAUGAAAACAAAAGCCACAGUAAUUCCCUGACCCAAGAAGAAGCAAGUACCGGGUGUGAAGGAUCUGCUUCUGGUAAUACCAAAGGCUCCAUUACAGAUGAAACCCAUGACUUGAAGAGAAGAGCACCAACGAUAAACAAAGACAAACGUCCUAAACUAAUUCGAAAACACUCAUGUCGAGGUAAGCAGUGGGGAAUUCUCCAUCGUCGACAAGAAACUGAUCAAAAGAUCAUAUAA